AUCUUAAUUUGCUUCUCUGUAGCUCCAGCCACAGCAGCGGCGGUAGCGGCGGUGCGGCGCCAUCGAGGGGAACAUUUUUAGCUGGUACAACCAAGCUUGGACUCCAUUUUGGGCAGCAUCCGUAGACCAGCUUCUGGCUUUGGCGUUUUAAAGCGAAAAUUGUCGACGAUGCUGGUGGCGUGGAAGUGCUGCCUCGCUCCAGUCAGCAGGGUCUCCGUGAAGGCGGUCCUGAGUGGUCCGACGGUGGCAUCAAGAUGGCCGACCGUGCAGACGUCCAUAAGUAUGGCUACCCGUGCCAGAUCACGCUUCCAGACCGUUGCGCCCAAGCGGCGCACCCUCAAGGAGAUUGUGAUGGCCCCUGCCAAUGACACGGCGUUCAAUGUGGGCAAGGGAGUUUUGGCCGGUGCAUCUGCCUUUGGGGUUGGAGCACUCUGCUACUAUGGCCUUGGAAUGUCCAACGAAUCGGGAGCUCUGGAAAGAUCCAUGUUAUGGCCGGAGUAUGUGAGGCAGAGGAUUCGUGACACCUACAGCUACUUUGGGGGCAGCAUUGUGAUCACGGCGGCAUCUGCAUUUGCCGUGAGCAGAAACCCAGCCAUGCUGAACAUGGUCAUGCGUAACUCCUGGCUGGCAAUUGGUGCCAGCUUUGCGGCCAUGAUCGGCAGCGGCAUGCUGGUGCGCUCGCUGCCCUACGAAAGAGGCCUGGGUGCCAAGCAGGCGGCUUGGAUGCUGCACAGCGGUGUCAUGGGAGCACUGGUGGCCCCCCUCUGCCUCCUGGGGGGCCCCAUCCUGGUCCGGGCAGCCUGGUACACUGCUGGGGUGGUGGCCGGUUUGUCGACGGUGGCCGCGUGCGCCCCUUCGGAGAAGUUCCUCAACAUGGGGGGACCGCUGGCCAUUGGACUCGGCUUCGUCUUCGCCUCUUCCCUCGGCUCCAUGUUCCUGCCUGCCAGUACGGCCCUCGGUGCAGGCCUGUACUCCAUCAGCAUGUACGGGGGUCUGGUCCUCUUCGGCGGCUUCCUCCUGUACGACACGCAGCGCAUCGUCAAGAUGGCCGAAGUCUACCCUCCUUACGCCCUCAAGCCGUAUGAUCCCAUCAAUGCGUCCAUCUCGAUCUACCUGGACACGCUGAACAUCUUCAUUAGGAUUGCAAUGAUCUUGGCUGGCGGCGGAUCGAGGAGGAAGUGAAGGGCGAGAAACUCCUAUGGAUAUUACAGAAAAAGGAUAAAAUUUUGUUUGCCAUCCCCGAUUAGAGGUUACCAACUGCCCUCUCCUGGUGUCAACUUCCUGCAGUAGAAAAGAAAGAAAUAAAGUAUUAUUUAAGUAGGAAUUGGUGCACUGCCACUUCCAAACAUAA